AUGGCACGCGUAAGAAACAAAGAAAAGCAUAAUCAUUAUGAAAAAAUACGAAGAGAAAAGAUUAAGUUAAAUAAAGACAGAUAUAAAGCUUUUAAAGAAAAAGAUGCGGAAAGAAAGAGACAGUUUCGGAAAAAGCAAAAGGAACUUGCUGAACAGGGAUUUAUAAGCGCUGCACAAAUAGAAAUAAAGAAAAGUUUUGCGCGAAAUUACAAAAAAAUGUACCGGGAGAAAGUCAAAUCUAAAACACAAUUAAACGAGAAAGAAAACAAUGAAAAAUUAGGUCCAUACCAAACACCACAAUCAAUGGGAAAGGUACUAAAAGCAGUUAAUAGAGUUCUCCCAAAAACUGAAGAUAGACGUAAGCAUAUUGUAAGAAAAUUAGCUGUAAAAGAAUUUCCCUACUUAAAACUUUUUGAUGAUAAACCUGCAAAAACAGAACCCUGGAAUAAACUUAGUGAAUAUGACACUAAAAAAAUCAUCAAUUUUUACAAUCGUGAUGACAUCAGCUGGCAAGCGCCAGGAAAACGAGAUGUAGUAUCCUUAAGAGAAACAUCGGGAGAGAAAAAGAAGAUGCAAAAAAGAUAUAUGAUGGUAUCUUGUAAACAAGCUUAUUCUUUUUUUCUUAAAGAAUAUCCUGAAUUAUAUAUAAGUUUAUCCAAAUUUUACGAACAUCGACCAAGACAUAUUUUGUUAAGUUCGUUAAUGCCACAUAAUGUUUGCGUGUGCAUUUAUCACGCAAAUUUUAAUUUUCUUGUUGAAUCAAUUCAAAAGAUGAUUCUAACAUUUCCUAAAACAACUAAGGAUCUACUAACAGUACUUUGCUGUGACAUUAACGAAAGUCAAUGUAUGAAUGGAGUUUGUGAAAUAUGUGAAGAUGAUAUCGAGUAUGCACUAAUACCUUUACAAACUGAUAUGGAUUUGCCUAUUACCUGGAAAAGUUGGGAAAACGUGGGAAACCAGCCAGUUGUAGAAAUUUCUGGAUCAUUAUCAGCUGCUCUAGCGGCUCUAGAAAAAUCUCUAAAACUAUUUAAAAUCCACUGUUUUGUGAAACAUGUACAGGAGCGUGAAUUUGAGAAUGAAAAGGCCAAUAUAUCUCAUCAAAAGGCGGUGCUGCAAGUCGAUUUUGCAGAAAAUUAUAGUUGUAUUAGCCAGGAUGAGAUACAAAGUGCUCACUGGGGUCAUAAACAAGUUGCUGUGUUUACUGCUGUUGCAUGGAUUGAAGAUCAAUCCCACUCUUUUGCCAUAAUAAGUGAUAACCUAUCACACGACAAGUUAUGCGUCUUUGUUUUUAUCAAAAAAAUUGUUGAGUGGCUACUUACAAAUUAUCCCUUACUGAAAGAUAUUGUCUUCUUCUCGGAUGGAUGUGACUCACAAUUUAAAAACAAAUUUACCAUGUCAAAUUUACUGCCUCAAGAUUUGGGAAUUAAUGGAAUUUGGAAUUUUUUUGCAACAUCCCACGGCAAAGGUGCCGUGGACGGUGUGGGUGGUAAAGUAAAGAGAAUCGCUUGGGAAAUGAAAAUUUUUAAUUGCACACAAAACAUGGGAAACACUUGUGUUUUAGGUUGUUGUGUUAAUGGGGAUUUAAGUAAAAUAAACGAUGCGGUGAAUCAAAGCGGUAAAAAAGAAAACGUAAGUGAAUCUGAACAAUUCACUGAACGUACUAAAUUUGCCGCACAAGAAGAAGACUUUAAUAAUGAUAAAAUAUUUUCAAGUAAUAAUAAUGAUUCCACUAUUUCUGUUAAUUCCUUGGAACCUGCUCCUGAAACACGAUCCCAAAGAGAGAUGGAUCUUGAAGAUAUAUUAAAUAGUUUAAAGCAAAAAUUCUCCAGUUUACCCGAUGGGGAUGCAGAAAGAGUUAAAAUUCUUACAAUAGCACCUCUGUCCUGGAGUGAACGUAAAAUUGCUAGAGAAUUCAACUGUUCAAGACAUCUCGCAAAAAAAUCCAAAGAAUUGCGGGCUUUAAGGGGUGUUUUAGGAAGCUGUACAGAGAAAAUUGGAAAAUCAUUACCUAAAGAAAUCUGUACUAACAUUCUUGAUUUUUACAAUGAUAACAGGAAUAGUAGGGUAAUGCCUGGUAUGAAGGACGUUGUUUCGGUAAAAAAUGAUGGUGAUCGUAUUUUAGUUCAAAAACGUCUUAUACUUUAUUCCCUUAAAGAUUUGUAUACAAAAUACAAGUCAGAAAAUAUAACAAAAUUAGUUGGAUUUAGUAAAUUUGCCCAAUUAAGACCAAAACACUGUUUACUUGCAGGAGCAAAUGGUACUCAUUCUGUUUGUAUUUGUACUAUUCACCAAAAUUGCAAAUUAAUGUUGGAUUCAAUUCAUGUAGAAAAUUUAACAAAGCAAUUAAAGAAGCCAAUUGUUACAUAUAAGGAUUGUUUACAGCAAAUGGUAUGCCAAAAAGAGGAUGCCGCUUGUUAUUUGGAUGAAUGUUCAAAUUGUCCUGGAACAGUUGAUAUUGCAAACAAUUUAAUAAAAUGUCUACAAAAUAAUAAUAUUUAUGAUAUCCAAUUCAGUUCUUGGACUGGAACAGAUCGAUGUACUUUACAAACACUAAUCCUCCCGACUUUAGAUUUUGUCAUAGACCUAUCUAAUAAGUUAUUAAAAUUGAAACCACAUUCUUUCAUUGUAAAACAGAAAAAUAAAUAUAUUGAAAAUAGGAAAAGUAAUUUAUCUAGUAGCGAAGUGCUGGUUUGUAUGGAUUUUUCUGAGAACUAUAAGUAUGUAGUACAAGAUGCUGCUCAGGCAUUUCACUUUAACAACGACCAGUGUACUGUUUUUCCUGUUGUGUACUACUAUAAAAGUGAUACUAAAAUCGAGCAUAAAAGCCUAGUAUUUUUAUCCGACAGUACUAAACACGAUUCGGCUGCUGUUUAUACGGUUCAAUCACUUUUAAUAGAAUACAUAAAAAGCCAAGUAAAGUGUGCUAAACAUAUUAUCUACGUUACAGACGGUGCCAAGCAGCAUUUCAAAAACAGAUUCCAAAUAAAUAAUUUAAUGCAUCAUAAAGAAGAUUUUGGUAUGACCGCAGAAUGGAACUUUCAUGCGACGGCACAUUGGAAAUCCUCAUGUGAUGCUAUUGGAGGAACGUUUAAACGUGAAGCAGCUAGAGCCAGCUUAUUGGCUAAGCCUACAGAAUCAAUUCUUGAUUGCAAAUCAUUGUAUAGUUGGGGAAAGAAGAAUUUUAAAGUAUCUAAAAGCACCAUGGCGACUACAAAAAAACGUGGAAUAAAUGUAACCGAAAAUCAGAAAAAAAAUUUGAUUGAAUUUGUUCAAAAGAAUCCUCUGCUUAUUAGUGGAAAACAAAGCAACAAGUACACUUAUAAGGAUCUCCAAAGGGAUUGGCAAACGGGCACAGACAUAUUAAACAGUAUGCCGGGGGCUAAAAAGGAUUGGCGCGGGUGGCGAAAGUGUUGGCAAGAUUUGCGUUUCCGCACAAAAAAUAAAGUAUCGGUUAAUAAGAAAGCGGCUGGAGGUACUGGAGGUGGUCCUUUCACCGAAGAGGUACUAACAGCAACCGAAGAGGAGGUACUAACUGUCAUAAAAAAAGUUUCGAUAGACGGUCAUGAUGUCCCUGAAUCUACCGUGGAAUUUGUCUUCGAGGAGGACAAUGCCAUACCCGCCGCCGCUUCCGAAAUUGUAAUUCACGACCCAGUUGUGGAGGAGAAUGCAGCAAAUUUUGAAGUAGACUCUGACGACAUUGCGGAAGUUUUGCCGCCUGCCACAGAGUUUGCUCUUCUGCAAAACGUGAUUUUGGAACCAUGCACAAUGGCAAGUGCAAGAAGUGACCCUGAAUCCGCGUUAAAGGACCUCACUAACAAGACCAAACCGUUUAAGGGCAAAAUGCCUAAGAAAUUGGAACACCUGAUAAAUGCAGCAACUGCUGCAACAUGUUUUAAAGAGAACUUAAAUAAAAAGGUGAGCAUAAAAGAAGCAUACUAUCAGCAAAAAAUUACGUUGUUACAAGAAAUGAAAUUGGUUGAAGAAAAGAAGGUGGCCGCGUUGGAGCGCAUUGCUAACGCAUUGGAACAGCACCGAGGGGAUUCUUAA